GCCGCGUGGCUCGCAUGAAGCCUCGAGCUCCCUCGCGUGCGCAGGUCCGAGUCCGAGAGCCGCGGCUCAGAGCAUGCGCUCCGCUGGAACUCGGCGCGGCAUCUCGUUGGGCGUGCGGGCGCCUGCUCCCACGCCGCGCUCCUGGGGGCGCUUGCCCAUCCCCGGUCCUCUCCUUUUGCGGUUCUCUGUGCGCCGCAUGCCGCUUUCUCUGCGCUGCUGCCUGCCUGCGUCGUGCACAGCACCUGCAGUCCAUUACGCCGGGCCCAGCUGGCCGCUGCACCGAGAUGUUCUGCGGCCAAUUUGCAAGGAAGCACGUUCGGGACUGCAUGCUGUGACCAGUGCAGCAGCCUUGGUCUGUCGGGCCAAGUACGGCCCUCUGCUGCUGCAAGAAGCCACAUUCGACGUCGAUGAGCGAGGCGUGUCUGCGGUGCACAUAGAACGAGGGCCGCCAAGUCAAUCCUCCUUGCCUUGGUGGGCUGCGCGUCGGGGAUGCACCGGUCCAGGCGAGCAUCCACUCCACAGCAGGCCAGCGAGCGUGGAGGGACCGUCUCCGGUCGACGACAGCAGUCGACUUCUUCGCCGCAUCACACGCUCCUCUCUGAAGCCUCAUGCUUCAGAACGCACUGUGUCAGACGACCUUUUGCUGACAGGCCCUGACGACAACCUGCCCGCCGCCUGCCACAUGUCUGCGAAGCAAUCUCGACUCGGCCGUGGCACGUCUGCAAGGAGCAUGUUGCUGGCAUGCUUGUCCAGAGCCAUCGUCUGGGCGAAGCAGAGUAUCGAGAAAGCCUGUCCUAGCUCUGCAGCGCGUUCGCGCGGCACAACGACCUGAGGACGCGCCAGCAGCUUGCGCUGGUGAAGCAGACACUUAAAGCGACUCCGCCGUGCACCAAGCUUCUCGUGCCAUCAACUUAGGGAUUGCUACUCGAGCCCAAUCAGAGCUCGAGCUCAAGCCACUGCCCCGCUGAUCAUGCAAGUGUGACGAUGCGUAGUCUUCUCUGUCGCAGGCGAGAAUGGGCUCUGAUCUCGAGAGAUCGGUGCGUCGCAACUCGCGCUGCAGCUGUGUCUCACUGACUCCUUUUCCUUGUCGACUCACCGCUCUCAACCCCGCACUAGCACAGCUCUCCCUCCAGCUAAUUGAACCUUGAACCAUU